AUGGCGGCUGCUAGGUUUAUGGACACGAUGUCGGCUGUUAGGGUUGUGUUUGGGGUAUGUUUCGGAAUCACCGUGACCGUGCUGGUCAUAGAGAGCGGGUGUUUCGUGUGCGUGGACCUAUACCAUGUGGGCGACGUCGGCUGGAGAGAUCAAAUAAGAAGAUACGUCGCUCAGAACACGUGGGCUGAAGACAAUGAGACCCAAGCCAGAAGAAUAGGCGAUAGAGUAAAACUGACGUGUGUUGUAAUUCUGCCAGCCAAGCAGUUCACUGAGACAUACGCGACAAUACAACAGACGUGGACAAAACGUUGCGACAACGUCCUCUACUUCAGCAACGUUCUACCGCUGGAAGACAAUGUCGUUAAAGUCGAUAAUCCCGAAAACAUCGAGCUCGAAUACAGCGCUUCAGUCUUAUUCAACGUUUUGAACUACGUUUACAGAUAUCACAAAACCAACACAGACUGGGUCCUUAAGGUGGUGCCUCAAACAUACAUCAUUGUAGAAAACUUGAAGCUUUUCUUAAGUGAUAAAAAUCCCAAAGAACCGAUUUACUAUGGCCAGAAAUUUUCACAGUUGGGGUUGACAUUUCCAUGUGCUUAUGCCGGGUACGUGAUCAGCAGAGAAGCCCUUCGUCGCCUAGCAACAGAGGGAUCAAAAGAAGCAAAAUGUCGGACAGGAAGAAACGAGGAGGAUGUGUUUGCUAUUGCCCGAUGUUUGAAGACCCUCGGCGUAGCGUUUGGAGAUUCGCUCGAUUCCAGGAACAGGAGUCGGUUCAACUCGGUGGCUGUAGAACACGUGGCUACUCAUGUCUUCGAUGACUGGUACCUGGCGAUUGACAUUAAUGCUAACGUUACUAUCUUGGGCGUCUCAUCCAUAAGCCCCUCGGCCAUCAGCUUGGGUCCCUAUGGUCUGAACAACUUAAUGGCGCUGGAAUACUACUUCUACCACGUCAGACGAUACGGAGUUGUUCCAAGAGGAAUCGCCUGACAGGACGUGUGAAAGCGAAAGACGUGAGCCAUGGACCAUUAAGCAGUCCUCAGUUGUGUCGCGAAGAGAUGACUUGGUAACGACGCCUCAGGUUGUUGCUUUAUCAGCGACCGUUACCUAUGGGAGUGUCCGAGGACCUAACUAUGAUUGUGAAAUACAACGUACGGGUUCCGUAAAAUCACCAAAAUCAGAACAUCGGAAUUGUGUUAAUAGUACAAGCGUACCCAGUGGUAUGUUAAAGAAAGCACAUAACAUGAUCAGAAUGUGCAGUCACCAUAUCAGAAUAUCUGUGUAUUCCAUGCGGUCAGAGCAUCGGUGUAUUGCGUGAAGUCGUCGCAUCAGAAUAUAAGAGUAUUCCGUCAUGUCACAGAAUCGUCACAUAGGGAUAUCGGAGUAUUUUGUGAGAUCAUAACACUGAAACAUCGAUGAUAUUCCGUGAAAUGAUCACACUAGAACAUCGAUGAUAUUCCGUGAAAUCAUCACACUAGAACAUCGAUGAUAUUCCGUGAAAUCAUCAUACUCGAUCAUCGAUGUUAUUCCGUGAAAUCAUCACACUCGAUCAUCGAUGAUAUUCCGUGAAAUCAUCACAGAACAUCGAUGAUAUUCCGUCAAAUCAUCACACUAGAACAUCGAUGAUAUUCCGUCAAAUCAUCACACUAGAACAUCGAUGAUAUUCCGUGAAAUCAUCACACUAGAACAUCGAUGAUAUUCCAUGAAAUCAUCAUCCUCGAUCGAUGUUAUUCCGUGAAAUCAUCACACUAGAAAAUCGAUGAUAUUUCGUGAAAUCAUCACACUAGAACAUCGAUGAUAUUCCGUGAAAUCAUCACAUCAGAAUCUAUGAGUAUUCCGUGAAAUCACGAUAUCAGAAGUUGAACAUCGGUGUUCUGCUAAGUGUGGCGUGUCCAAUACUAUUUUGAAACGAGGAUCUAAGUGAGAAACAAUCCGGCUUAUCGAAUCUGGACCAGUGUGAUGGAAGGAGGAGACGAUAUUGUGGUAAAGCGGCGACUUCUUAAAGUCGCACACCCUAAUUUCAGCCCGCAAAAAUUAAUUAUAAUUCUGAUUAAUCUACAAACCUGUAACACACUUUAUAAAAUGGAGUAAAACAGAUUUUAUAUCGAUAAAUACCAUGGGAAUCCCCGUCAC